AUGGCUCUGAGGGAGCUGAAAGUUUGCCUUCUGGGGGACACUGGUGUGGGCAAAUCAAGUAUCGUGUGGAGAUUUGUAGAAGAUAGCUUUGAUCCCAACAUCAACCCAACAAUAGGAGCCUCAUUUAUGACCAAGACUGUACAGUAUCAAAAUGAGCUGCAUAAAUUCCUAAUUUGGGAUACAGCUGGACAGGAGCGGUUUCGUGCUUUAGCCCCAAUGUAUUACAGAGGGUCAGCAGCAGCCAUUAUAGUGUAUGACAUCACAAAAGAGGAAACUUUCUCAACAUUAAAGAACUGGGUUAAAGAGCUUCGACAGCAUGGACCUCCAAACAUUGUUGUAGCUAUUGCAGGAAAUAAGUGUGAUCUUAAUGAUGUAAGAGAAGUCAUGGAAAAAGAUGCUAAAGACUAUGCAGAUUCCAUUCAUGCAAUAUUUGUAGAGACAAGUGCGAAAAAUGCAAUAAACAUUAAUGAACUCUUUAUAGAAAUUAGUCGCAGAAUUCCGUCAACUGACACCAACCCCCCGUCUAGUGGUAAGGGCUUCAAACUUAGAAGACAGCCAUCGGUGACAAAGCGCAGCUGCUGUUGACUGAUCCCUUAGAAAAUCAGACUUGUUUAUACAGUAGGUGGUCUUGGAAGUUAAUAGUUCACAUUGGGUUUAUAUUAUCAGUCUUAGAUCGUUAUCUGCUGAUGUUCAUACACCCGAGGUCCCACAAAAAUGGACCAGUUCAUCUGACAUCUGUACACUCGCAGAAAAGACUGCAAUCGUAAUGUCAGCCUGUUUACUUAGAAAAAGUGUAGUAUCUCUUGCAUUCAAAGGGAAUCCAUCAUCGCUUUUUGUCUUGCUUGAAAGGAAGGUGACUAUGUGGAUGGUAGAACUGAAAUGUUUAAUAGUUUUGUAAUCAAGAUUUUAGGGUUGGGUUUUUUUUUGUAAAAAGGGAAAUGAGCACUUUUGUGGGACUUAGGGGUGGGAGGAGUCUGGAAGUUAGAAGUCAUUUCUUCCUUUUCUUCAGUGAGCCUUAUUUAAAAUUUAAUUGUACCUAAUCCAAAGUACGAUGGGAGAGUUGAUGUGAGAUGGCUACAGAAUAAGCAACUGAAGACAGAUAACAGGCAAAUCAGUCCAUCCAGUCCCCAGAUGCCAUUUGCACUUUUUAUUUAAAGAUGAUAUGCGCCAGGGGUGGGGACACAAGCAACAGAUCUUAAAUCACAGACAAUCUUUUUUUUCAUGCUGACUUUGAUCACUUUAAGGCAAACUGAUAUGCUUAUAGGCAUCUUUUUUUGUUCCUACAAGUUUUUUAGUAUUAAGAUGUUGGUUGAAGAAAACCUAGUUGUAGUUCUGACUAAAUUAAGUGGUUACUGACUAAAAACAUGCUGUAAACAGAUGCUGCCAGUGGUUCUGAUAAGACCUAAAAGUUUUUGGGGAAAGCUUUUAAUUGCUUGGCAUGUGUAAAGUGUUCAUAUUAUAUUUAUGAGACCAGUGUUUAAAGUAUUAUAAAUUAUGUAAAAACAGUAAAAAAUAAUGCAAUCUUAUACACUCCUUCCAUUCCACACCUAUGGAUAAACUCGUGGGGAAUCUCCAUCAGGUUUGUUUUUUUUUUUCCUGCGUUUUAGGUAUUGUCACUGUGAGUUCAUCCAGAGGCAGACUGAAAUUCUUUCUCUUUCCAUCACAUUUGAAACAGCCAAUAGAGAAUGCUGUUGGUGCAGCAUGAGGUCUGUCUGAACAAGCUUUCAUCUUUGGUGCAUGCAGUCUUUUCUGUUCUGGGCACAAAAAUACAAAUAGGAAGUAACCUUAAGGCAUGUGGUAAUGUAGAUCAUUACCUCUUGGUUCCUGGGCUUUUUCACCUGUGAGGGUUUUAG